AUGUUCCCAAAGCUGGAUAAAAUCCUGUUUCUUGACGAUGAUGUGGUUGUUCAGAAGGAUUUAGCUCCUUUGUGGUCUGUAGAUCUUAAAGGGAAAGUGAAUGGUGCAGUAGAAACCUGUGAACGAAAACCGGACUCUAUGGAAACUUGGAACAUUGCCACCUGGUCUUAUGACAUUCUACAAGCUGAGAGCAAAUGGCAUUUACUUGGAUUGGGUUAUGACGAAGGAGUCAGUGCAACGAAGAUUGAAAAAGCAGCUGUUAUACAUUACAAUGGACACAAGAAACCAUGGACAGAGCUUGGGAUAAGCAAGUAUUCAGCAAUAUUGGACAAAGUACAUCUUCGAGUGAAGGAAGACAUAACAGAUACUGUACAUGUAAAGUAA